AUGGAAAGUGCUCCUAUUAUACCUGCUAUUCUGAGAAUCUGCGAUACACGAUCGAGGAGCUACUCGACGUGGUCUAAGCUUUCAUCUUUGCCGAGCCCGAGGGAGUGUUUAAGCGAUCUUAUGGUAGCAUGCUGCUACGGACAAAGUGCUAUUAUCAAUAUACUUCUUGCGAAUGGCGCAGACAUCGAGGCAAAAGAUGGCCAUGGUCGAACGCCGCUGAUCUUCGCAGCUACAAAUGGACAUGAGGCUAGUGUCAAACUGCUACUCAAGGGUGGUGCAUAUAUUGAGGCAAAAGACACCAAAUACAGUCGUACGCCAUUGCUGAAAGCAGCUACGUAUGGACGUGAUGCUACUAUUAAGCUACUACUCGACAAGGGUGCAUACAUUGAAGCAAAAGACACCAAAUACAGUCGCACACCACUGUUAAAAGCAGUUAUGAAAAGACGAACCACUACUGUCAAACUGCCACUUCAGAGGGGUGCAGACAUCGAGGCGAAAGAUCGCUCUCACUAUGCUACUAUCGAGCUACUGCUUGAGGAGGGCGCUGACACUAGCUGUAUAGACACAGAUACCGGUACACCUCUAGUAUUUGCUAUUGAGAAGGGGAACGAUGCUCUUAUCAAAUUACUACUUGACAAAGGCGCCUCAGUUGACUGUGAAAAUGGAAAUGGAGAGACAACGCUUUUGGUGGCAGUGCAAAGGGUGCAUAAAGGCAUCGUUGAGUUGCUGCUAAAUAAGGGCGCUACAAUUGAGUGCCAGAACAGAUAUCGAGAGACGCCACUGCUAGUAGCAGCUCAAAGAGGGCACCAUGACAUCGUUGAGCUACUGCUGAAGAAGGAAUCUGCGAUUGAGUGCAAGAAUAGAUAUGGCCAGAUACCGUCGUUAGCAGCAGUCGAUCGGGAGUACGAUGCAAUUGUUGAGUUGUUACUUGAAAAUGGUGCUGCAAUUGAGUGUCGUAAUGCAUACAGGAAGACACCGCUUUUAGUAGCAGCUCAGAGGGGGCAUGAUGGCAUCGUUAAGCAGCUACUGAAGAAGGGCGCUUCUGUUCAGUCUGAGGAUAUAUUUGGCCAAACGGCACUGUUAUGUGCAGAGCAGAAUGGGUAUAAAGACAUUGUAAAUGUACUAAGGACGAAUGCUACUUAG